UAUGCUAGGGCCUAUGGGUUACUAUGGUGUGCGACUCUGGAAAGCAUAAUAAUUUGCCAUGAACAUAAUGUCAACGUUUGGCUUUGAACUUCACUCACGAGCUCUUUCCCGUUAACAACCAGUGGAUUACAGACAAGCCAACAGCAGCCUUGAUGGGCCUGGGACCGGGGAAUCAUGGAGCAAUAACGAAAGACGGCAGAAUACGCCAGCCCUCCCAUGCCAUUUUGGCACAAGAAUUCUUCGGAGUCAAAGGCGGUUGAAAAACAACAGCUGCAAAAAGGACUUUUGCGAGCCAUUCUCCUGCUCUGGUGGUGGACGCCUCGACUCCCACAGCCCCGCCCCGUAACUGCUCCUCAGAGGACGCCGGGACUCCCCGUGGAUCCGGCCUUGCCCGCCUCCCCACUAUCGUUCUAGAUUCUCUUGCCAAACUCCACAAAGAUUAUUAUAACCUGUGUAUGGAGAAACACCAGAAAGUUAACAGUUUUGUAUUACAAAUACUCCAAGAAGUGGAUGAAGAAAUUAAAAAGGGAUUGGAAAAAGGAAUCACAGUAAACUUUGCUGGUAACAAUCGUUUAAUACCAGUAGAAAGAGUAACAGGUGAAGAUUUUUGGAUUCUGUCCAAGAUUUUAAGAAAUCAUCCAUACAUUUCUGGUUUGGAUGUUAGAUAUAAUUUCCUAAGUGAUGUUGGUGCCUACUACACUGCAAAGCUGCUUCAGAAACAGUUGUAUCUUGUUUACUUAAACCUUAUGUUUAAUGAUAUUGGGCCUGAUGGUGCAGAAGUGAUUGCAAAUGUACUGCGUAGGAAUACAACUCUGAAAUACCUACGUAUGACUGGAAACAAGAUUGAAAAUAAAGGUGGAAUGUUUUUUGCCACCAUGUUGCAAAUGAAUUCUUCUUUAGAGAAAUUAGAUCUGGGUGACUGUGAUCUGGGUAUGGAAAGUGUGAUAGCAUUUGCUACCGUAUUAGCUCAAAAUGAGGCAAUCAAGGGAAUGAACCUGAACCGACCCAUACUGUAUGGUGAACAGGAAGAGUCCACCAUUCAUCUAGGCCACAUGCUGAAAGAAAAUCACUUCAUUGUUGAACUACAUUUGUGUAAGCAUGAUAUGAAAAAUACUGGCUUACAACAGUUAUGUGAUGCACUGUAUCUUAACAGUAGUCUACGAUACCUUGAUGUCAGCUGCAAUAAAAUAACUCAUGAUGGAAUGGUGUAUUUGGCUGAUGUACUGAAACGCAAUACUACUCUGGAAGUUAUAGAUCUUUCUUUCAACAGAAUUGAAAACGCAGGAGCAAAGCAUCUCAGUGAAACUCUAACUUCACACAACCGAAGUCUUAAAGCGUUGUCAGUAGUCAGCAACAAUAUAGAGGGAGAAGGCCUUGUUGCACUUUCACAGUCAUUGAAAGCAAAUUGUACAUUCUCUAAUAUUUACAUUUGGGGAAACAAAUUUGAUGAGGCUACAUGUGUGGCAUAUUCAGAUUUAAUUGAAAUGAGUUAUCUAAAACCAGACAAUACAGAUGUGGAGCCAUUUGUGGUCGAUGGACGGGUGUAUCUUGCAGAAGUCUCCAACGGUCUUAAAAAGCACUAUUAUUGGACACCAACUUAUGGAGAAGCCUACAGCCCAGCAUCUAAUUCAGGUUUUGCACUUGUUCCAGUAGGUCUUCACUUAUGAAAAAAAGAGCUCUGAAGUAACCUCAUCAUUUGUCUAAUUGUUGCUAAAAGUGUUUUAUGGUCUAUGAAAUAGGUUUCCUUUCAUAAAUUAGAACUAACUGCUUUGUCGAAUGUAUGCAGGAUAUGACUUCAUUAAGGUCUGUUAACUGCAUUGUGAAAAACUGUAAUUUUAUUUAAUAAAUUUGCUAAUACAGACUGAAAUUUUUAACUUUGGAGAAAGAAACCCAGGAACUAGAUUAACUCCUGUUACAAUGAAAAUAUAACCAAGUAAUAAGACAGCGUUUAAGUAAAAUUCACUACAGAUGUUUAAAAUUUUUCUUAAUUUGAAAGGCAGAGUGACAGAGCAAUCUUCCAAAUACCUACAACCAGCCAGCAUGGGACCAGACCAAAGCCAGGAGCCUGACACCUGGACUGGAGACCGGAUGGGUGGAAGGGAUCCAGGGAGAUGAACCAGCAGCAAGUGGACUGCAACUCACUGGCACAGAUUUCUUAACUAAGCAAAUAUUAGGUUUCUGUUAUACAAAGGCAGCAUUUGGGUGAUAGGGAUCCCAGUCCUUGAGCUGUCAGAUGUUGCCUCCCAGAGUGGGCAUCUACUGGAGCACAAGCAAGCUGAGACACCCUGAUUACAGGCAUCCAGACUGGCAGCUUCAUUAUUGUACCCCAAUACCUGCC